AUGUCUGCGCCCCCGGAGAAAACCUUGAAAACCCUUUCCGGGAAUUGGAAGCUCAACAAGUCGCUCUCGGAUGACAUAUCUCCCGUCCUAGAGCUACAAGGCGUCAAUACCCUCUUGAGGAAAGCCAUCUCGGCGGCCUCCGUGCAUCUAAGGAUCUCUCAAGUAAGCGAGAAUGAAAUACACAUCGCACAAACGGCCACUGCGGCAGGCAUACCUGGAACAACAGAACAGUAUAUUCUCGACUACCAAUGGAGGGAGAACAAUGAUCCGUUCUUUGGACAGAUCAAAGGCAGAAGUCGGUGGAUUGAUAGAAGCGAGGUGGAUGAAGAAGGAUUGUUUGGACAAGCUGGAUGA